CUGAGGCCCAGGAAGGUGGAGUGACUGCCUAGGGUCACAUGAUUCAAUCCAGAUCCACCUGACUCUUAAGACCUUGGGAGAUCCCAGGCCAAACUGGUGGAGCCACCAACCCAGCCAGCCCUGAUGUUCUGACGAGAGUCACACUGUUUCCCGCCCACCGUGGAGCUGGCCUGAACGUUGGGGACAUCACCUUUCCCAGGAAAAUCCAGAUCCCAGCCCCACCAGAAGCUGAAGCAAUGGCCUCAAAGCCUGAGAAGAGGGUCGCCUCAUCUGUCUUUAUCACCCUGGCACCUCCACGUCGAGAUGAGGCUGUGGUUGAGGAGGUGAGGCGGGCAGCUUGUGAGGCCCGGCCUGGCUGCCCCCGGGAGUCUCCUGCUCCCACGAAGGCACCCGGGGCCGGCUCUGCGGGGAGGCUCCGUUCUUGGACACCCCCCAGCAGGGCUGCAGCCCCAGUGCCAGCUGUUCCACAUCAGCUCUCCAGUGGAGGAUGUUCGCUUCCUCCUCCUCCCCUGGAUGGCGAGGACACACUCCCCGACCUGGACCUCCUCCCACCUCCGCCGCCGCCCCCCCCUCCAGUGUACCUGCCUCCCGAUGAGGAGCCCCCUGCCCCGAUGGGGGUGUCACUCAUUUCAGACUUAGAGCAGCUGCCCCCACCCCCGCCGCAGCCCCUUGUGGAGGGGCCUCCCCUGCAGCCUCGGCCCAAUCAUCUCAGACCCACAGAAGAGGAGCUGCCGCCUCCCCCAGAGGAGCCUGUCGGCUUCCCCGAGAGAGAGGCCUCCACAGACGUCUGUGCCUUCUGCCACAAGACCGUGUCCCCUCAAGAGCUGGCUGUGGAGGCCAUGAAUAGGCAGUACCACGCCCAGUGCUUCACGUGCCGUAUCUGCCGCCGCCAGCUGGCCGGACAGAGCUUCUACCAGAAGGAUGGGCGGCCCCUCUGUGAACCCUGCUACCAGGACACCCUGGAGAAGUGUGGCAGGUGUGGCGAGGUGGUCCGGGAGCACAUCAUCAGGGCCUUGGACCAGGCCUUCCACCCGACCUGCUUCACGUGCGUGACCUGCGCCCGGUGCAUCGGGGAUGAGAGCUUUGCCCUGGACAGUCAGAAUGAGGUGUACUGCCUGGACGAUUUCUACAGGAAAUUCGCCCCUGUGUGCAGCAUCUGUGAGAAUCCCAUCAUCCCCCGAGAUGGGAAGGAUGCCUUCAAAAUCGAGUGCAUGGGAAGAAACUUCCACGAGAAUUGCUACAGGUGUGAGGACUGCAGGAUCCUCCUGUCUGUGGAGCCCACGGACCAAGGCUGCUACCCUCUGAACAACCGUCUCUUCUGCAAGCCGUGCCACGUGAAGCGGAGCGCUGCGGGCUGCUGCUGAGGGCACCGUGGUCGCACACCAGCCCCACUCGGGGUCCCUCCCCAACUCGUUUCCCUUCCUGACGUGCUCUUGCACACUUUCCUUCUGAGCCACACAGGGACCAGCCUGCAGGCCUGCCCCUCGUGUCCGGGACCCAGGCCUCCUCCCAGCUGAGAGCGCCCUUUAGACUCUCAGCUGUUCCUUCUCUGCUCUGGGCACCGGGAGGCUUCCGUACCGUGAGUGUCAUGCCUGGGGGUCCCAUCUCCACGACUCUGGCCCCCCUUGAGCACUGGCCUUGGCCUCCAUUUCCAGGGGUGAGUUGGGGUGAGUCUCUAGAUAGCACCCUGUGUCCCUAGCAGUGACACGUUAGCUCUGGAGGUGCUGAGACCAGCUCUGCCUUGCAGGACUGAGCUGUUUCAGGAAAACUGCAAAGUCCCUUAAAAAGCACUAUUUUUAAAAUUUGAAGUUUAAGUGAUGAGAAACAUUCUUCGGAUUUUUGGGAGGGGAGGUGGGAAUCUUAAAAGAAAAUGCCUUCCAUUGUUCAUAAAUGUACAAGAUUGUGACCUACUGGUGGCAUGGCCAUGGACUUCCCACACUGGGGACAUGUCAUGCUGACAUGGGGCCGAGGCAUGAACCUGAACAUCAGAGGCAGGAGUGAAGGAUGACAUGCUGACACCCAAGGAAGUCGGCAACCCCUGCACCCUGGCUUCCGGCGCCUCCUUCUGUGUGCGACAGUGAUUCAACAGACAUGGAUUGAGUGCCUGUUGUAUGCUGGGGAGCAGAGUACAGGGGCUCUGAGUGUUCGUCCUGCAGCAGAUUCGACUACGGCCGUGCACACGCGUGCGCGCACACACACACACACACACUCCUCCAGGACAGCAACAGGGGUGUCCCCCAACCCCUACUCGGGCCCUCCAGCCCAGGCUGCCCUGUGACCACUGCCUUCUCAAGGCCACACCUAGAAGAUUCUUCUUCUCUUUUAAGGAAAAUCAUUUUUGUUGCUUUGUCCCUUCUAAGACAUUUUGUAGAACAUGAACACAUUAAACAAGAUGUGCUUUCCUCCCUGGGGCUGUCUCGAUGUACCAUGUGCUCCUAGGAGGAUGCCGUGGUACCUCCAGGUACCGGGAGAGAUUCCCUGUAGGGCCCCUUAAGGGCUUCAGACCGGAGCACAGCUUCUUGCCCGAAGCUUAGAGCAGUGAGUCGCACACUCCAGGUCUUCCCAUACCUCCACAAUUUCUAUCAUACAAGGACCUCCUAUUCUAUUAUCUCCUUAAUAUUUUCUUUAACUCAACAUCCUUUUUUUUUUUUUUUCCUCACUUACCGGUUUAGUCUUAGGUUAACUAAGCAAUAUAUCCAUGCAGUCACAUGUCGAUGUCUAGCUAUACAUGAAAAUAAAUGCAUAACUAUUCGAAGUUUGUCUGUGUUCCAACUAAGGCCUCACCUAGGUAAAUGCUGGCCUUUGAUAGUAGCACCAGAAAAAUGUCUGGGCAUAUCUGCUCAGUGUGGCAUGAGUGUCCAGCAAGUGCCUGUAUCCCCUGCCCCCAAACUGGGGCUCUUCUCAGCAGGUCAAGAAGCUCCUGUCCCUUCUCAUCCCCAGCAAUGAAGACUUACCCAGGCCAGCUCGCAGGUGCACUGUUCCUGGACACACCCACCAGCAAUGACGUGGCUGCUGGGUGACCAGGGUGGUCCCUGCAGGAGGCCCUCUAAGGCCACCAAGUCCUUUAGCAGAGUCAACACCACCCUCAGGAUGUGCUCUCUGCACGUGGGCCACGCUGCCCGUGAGGUUGCUCGCCCGCUGCAGCUCGGACACCACCCGCUGGGCCUGGUGAGCACAGCUCCGGAGAGAAGGAUACGGGGCCAGAAAGGGCGCUGGACCUGGAGGCAGGUGACCCCGGUCUCAGACCUGGCUCUGCUGCUCUACAGCCUGGACAAGUUAUUAAUCAUCUGAGCCUUGCUUUUCUCAUCUCUAAAAUGGAAGCAAUACUGGUAUCUAUCAUAGAAGAUUGCUGGGAUAGAAGUGUUGGGCUGGUGAGGUUUCUGAGAAGCUCUUGAGUCCCUUGUACCGUCUGGUGCUGGCUGGCAGUUCUUAGCCAUCACUCCUGUCAGCGUUCCUCCACGGUCCUUUUGAAGCCCAUCAACCAGAGACCACUGGGGACAUGCCCGUGGUUCGCAAAGUUGGGUUUAUCGUGCUGGCUGCAGGGGGCGGGAUGCAUCUCGGCGAGAGUUGGGGGGCCCCUAGAACUUGGGUAGGUAUUGAGGGGUUUGGGGAGGAUUUGAGGAAGCGGGGCUUUGCUCCAGAUGUGUGCUGUCGGGAAGCAGGGGCAUUCUGGGCUUGCGAAGCUUGAUUCUCUUCUAUCUAGGAUGUGGCACUGGCUGUGCUUGGUAGGGGAGCAGCAGCUGCUCACAGGAUGAGGGAUAUUGGCCAUUUGUGUAUCUAGCCCAGAGGGGCUGGGCUCCAGGACACGCCUACAGUGCUCUGUGAGGCUGGAGCUCACCAAGGCCCAGAGAUGAGGGCCGGGCUAGCAGCUCCCAGCUGUUGGGACACUUUUCUCUCUCAGUCGCCAAGUUUGGUUUGGUGUGGUUUUUCUUGUCAUUAAAUUGUCAUCUUGU